UAUUAUCUUCAAAUAUUUAUGAUAUAUAUUUGUUCACUUCCUAUCAUUGGUGAUAAUACAAUCUGUAAUAUUGAUAAACCUUUGCCAGUCUUCCGAGAGAUGUUACGCGAUUAUUGUGGAUAUGGUGAAAAAUGUGUAGAUUUCUUGUGAGGUGAAUCUCUAAGUAACGAACAAUGUCGGAUCAAAUACGCUUAGCCAACUUGGUUUGGCUAAAGCCAGAAGGUAAAUCGGAAUUCGAUAUUCCAAUUGCCGUUAAAAUACUAAAAUCUUCUGGCGACACUCUUCAAGUUCAAGAUGACGAUGGAAAAGUAUUCUCUACGAGGAUACAAAAUGUUCUCAAACCACUGCACGCCACUUCAAUACAAGGAGUCGAAGACAUGAUCACACUUGGCGAACUACAGGAAUAUACAAUUCUGAGGAAUCUUCAGAUACGAUACAACCAACAACUAAUAUACACUUAUACGGGUUCAAUGUUGAUUGCCAUAAAUCCUUACGAAAUUUUGCCCAUCUAUACCAUGGAUCAAAUCAACUUUUACCAAGAGAGAAAAAUGGGAGACAUUCCACCCCACAUCUUUGCCAUCGGAGACAAUUCAUACAGAGAGCUCAUGGAUACUUCGUCCAACCAGUGCAUCGUCAUAAGUGGUGAAAGCGGCGCUGGAAAGACCGAAAGCACGAAGUUGCUACUGCAGUAUUUAGCAGCAGCAAGCGGAAAACAUUCAUGGAUUGAACAACAAAUUCAAGAAACUAACCCGAUUCUUGAGGCCUUCGGAAAUGCUAAAACUGUAAGAAACGACAAUUCAUCUAGAUUCGGGAAAUAUGUGAACAUUUAUUUUAACAGAAAAGGUAUAAUUGAAGGAGGCAAUAUAGAUCAGUAUCUUCUCGAGAAAUCUCGAAUAGUGUCUCAAAAUCGAGGAGAGAGAAACUAUCAUAUAUUUUAUUCACUGGUUACUGGACUAUCCGCCGACGAAAAGAAAAAGCUUGAAUUGGGCCGACCUAUUGAUUACAACUAUUUGAAUUCAGGGAACAUGUUGACCUGUGACGGUCGCAACGAUUCUAUGGAGUUUGCUGAUAUUAGAUCUGCUUUUAAAGUUUUGAACUUUCCUGACAACGAGGUUUGGGGAAUUUUUAGUUUAUUAGCUGCAAUUCUUCAUUUGGGCAAUUUGACAUUUAAAUCAUAUAACAUAAAUAACAUUGAAUCUUCAGAAGUCACAGAUGCAGUAAAUGCUAACAAAAUUGCUGUACUCUUAGGCGUUAAUAAAAACACACUUUGCGAAGCACUGACGCGGAAAACAUUUAUUGCCCAUGGAGAACGCGUCAUUUCUAUGCUCACUACAGCUGCUGCCAUUGAAGGCAGAGAUGCAUUAGUGAAGGCUAUAUAUGGUCAUAUUUUUGAAUAUAUUGUAGAGACAAUCAAUAAAACUUUACACAAAGAUCAACAAUUAUCUAGUGGGUCUGUUGGCAUUCUGGAUAUAUUCGGGUUUGAGAAUUUUCAAUUCAAUAGCUUCGAGCAACUGUGCAUCAACUACGCCAACGAAAACUUACAACAGUUUUUCGUUAAGCACAUCUUUAAACUUGAACAAGAACAGUAUGAAAAGGAGGGUAUAACUUGGACGAAUAUCAAUUAUGUAGACAAUCAGGAAAAUCUUGACGUGAUUGGCUUGAAGCCUCUAAACUUAUUGGCUUUAAUUGAUGAAGAAUCCAGGUUUCCAAAGGGAACAGACGUAACGUUACUUUCAAAACUUAACAGCAAUCACGGUAACAAAAGCUGCUAUAUGUCCGCUAAAUCGACGCAUGAACAUAGAUUUGGUGUAAAACAUUUUGCGGGAGAUGUCUUUUAUGAAGUCAAAGGAUUCCUGGAUAAAAACCGUGACAUGCUAACAGCAGACUUGAAAGAUAUGUUAUUUGACUCAAGCAACAUAUUCCUCAAAAACUUGUUUCCUGCCGAUAUUACGGCAUCACAAAGUGGCAGUCGCAAAGCAUUGUCAUUAAGUUAUCAGUUUAAAACAUCUUUGGAUUCUCUAAUGAAAACACUUUAUGCAUGCCAUCCAUUUUUCGUACGAUGUAUCAAACCAAAUGAAUUUAAGAAACCACGGGAUUUCGAUAGGGAGCUAUGUGUUCGUCAACUCAGAUAUGCUGGUUUGAUGGAAACAGCUAAAAUCAGACAAGCAGGUUAUCCUAUUCGGUAUUCGUAUUCCGAAUUCGUCAGUCGUUACAGGCUAGUAGUUCCCGGCAUACCACCUGCAGAAAAAACUGAUUAAAAUGCAACUAAAAGAAUUUGUACUGAAGCAUUGCAAGACCAAGAAUUUCGCCUAGGGCAUACUAAAGUAUUCCUCAAAGAUUAUCACGAUGUAAUUCUUGAAGAUCUCAGAACUAAAGUAGUCAUGACAGCUGUGAUUCGAGUGCAAGCUAAUGUCAGAAGGAUGCUUUGCAGAAAUAAAUUCUUGAGAAUGAGAGCUGCGGCCAUAACAAUCCAAAAACACUUCCGUGCACGUGGCUAUAGGAGCAGAUAUCUAGUGAUGAGAAGAGGCUAUUCACGCAUACAAGCUGUUGUAAAAUCUAGAGAAUUGAGAAGAACUUUUGUCAACUUAAGAAACUUCUUCCGAAACCUUCAAGCUUACAGCAGAGGAUAUCUGGUAAGAAAUUUGAUUAAAGAAAAGGGAGAUAUAAUAAAAACUAAACUGGCACAAUUUUACACUGAAAAAGAAGAGGCGAUUGGAACCGGGGCAGACGUCAAAGCUGCUGAAGAUGAAUGUGAAAAGAAAGUAGCAGAAUUAAUGAGAUCCAUAUGGAUUACAAAAGAAACAAUUGUUGAAAACGAUGCACAGAAUAUUUCAGUUAUUGAUGAUCGAUAUGUCGAUGAUGUGUUUGGUUUCUUAAAAGAUAGUAGCACACCCGCAGGCACUGUCCGUGGCACUGGCUUCGGCGUGACAUCUACCAUAAAGCCAGAUGUAACAACAGUGAUUCCUAUGCCUCAGGAGGUUGAAGAAGAACAAUUUGACGAGUUUAAUUAUAGAAAAUUCGCAGCGACAUAUUUCUUGGGUAACACAAGCCACCAAUAUUCUAGGAGGCCGCUCAAACACUCACUCUUAGAUCUGCCAUCGCCUAUUGAUAAAAUGGCCGCUCAAGCAUUGUGGAUCACAAUACUGAGAUUUAUGGGCGACUUAGCUGAACCCAAAUACGUUGAUGACAAAGUCGAUAAUGUUCCUAUCAUGACGAAACUAACUGAUACUAUUGGACGCGCUUUCCAGAAAAGCAAGGAAUUUGAAGAAAUGUUAACAAAAGACAAUGAAAAUAAUAGGAACAAAAUGCUAUCCAUAACAUUAAAACGGCAAACAAAACUGAAUGAGGAAUUUAUGAAAAAUUUAAUGAAUGACGAUAUAACUAAUGAUAUGUACAGCAGUUGGCUGAACUCAAGAAGAAGCAAUAAUUUAGAGAAACUUCACUUUAUAAUUGGUCAUGGAAUCAUCAGAAAGGAAUUACGGGACGAGAUAUUCUGCCAACUUUGCAAACAACUCACAAAUAACCCUACGAAGACAUCACAUGCACGUGGAUGGAUAUUACUUUCGUUAUGCGUUGGUUGUUUCCCUCCCUCAGAGAGAUUUGUCAAAUACUUACGUUCCUUCAUACGUGGUGGUCCACCUGGCUACGCUCCUUAUUGCGAAGGACGUCUCGUGAGGACUUUCAAAAAUGGCCCGCGAACUCAACCUCCAAGCUGGUUGGAACUACAAGCCACCAAAACAAAGAAACCGAUAUUGCUAACAGUAACGCUAAUGGACGAAUCUAUGAAGACAAUCCAGUCUGAUUCAGCGACAACUGCUGAGGAAAUAUGCCAGCAAAUAGCUGACAACAUAGGAUUGACUGACACCUUCGGAUUUUCCUUGUACAUCACCCUGUAUGACAAAGUAUUGUCUCUCGGAAGCGAAGGGGAACAUAUCAUGGAUGCAAUAUCCCAAUGUGAACAAUUUGCCAAAGAGCAAGGUACUCCAGAAAGUGCUCCGUGGAGAUUAUUCUAUAGAAAAGAAGUUUUCUCACCAUGGCACAACCCUGUGAUAGAUCCGGUAGCUACGAAUUUGAUUUACCAUCAGGUAGCUAAAGGAAUUAAAUUCGGUGAAUAUAGGUGUAAUUCCGAGAAGGAUUUGGCAAUGCUUGCGGCUCAACAACAUUACAUUGAGUAUGGACCUCGGAUGGAUCCAAAUAUCCUGAGAAAAGUAAUUGUGAACUACAUACCAAAUCAGUUUAUCCAAUCAAAUGAUACUGCAUUGUCAAAAUGGGAAAACCUAGUCACCAAAUCAUUUGAGUCAUCAGAAGCUAUACUUUCAAAGGUAGACCCGUUGCGGUGCAAAGAAGACAUAGUGAUAUUUGCGAAAUUAAAAUGGCCUAUGCUGUUCUCCAGAUUCUUUGAAGCUAUAAAGUUAAAAGGUGAUGCAAUUAGUAAAGACCUGGUCAUAAUCGCAGUUAACUGGACAGGAAUCUAUAUUGUUGAUCAACUAGAACACAUUCUUUUGGAAAUAGCAUAUGUGGAAGUCACGUACGUUGCAUAUGAUGAAGAUAACGAUUUUGAUAAUGUGGGCCGAGUAACGAUUAGAACCAUCCAACAAGAAGAAUUUGUAUUCCAGAGUGUUGACGCUAGCGAAAUGAGCUCCUUAAUAAUAUAUCUGAUUGACGGACUGAAGCGGCGGUCUGUUUAUAUAAUAGCGCAAAGCGAUUCCCAAGGUUAUGCCGACGCAUCUUCAUUCUUGCAAUUCAAAAAAGGUGAUCUCAUAACUUUAUUGCACGACAGUACAGGUGAGACUCUUAUGAAUGCCACUUGGGGACACGGCAUAUGCAAUAAUCAGGAGGGCUUAUUCCCAACUGAGCAAGUAUACAUCCUACCAACGCUAGAAAUACCGUCAAGUAUGAUAUUGGACAUAUUUAAAAAAGGUAAUAUAAAUAACGACAAGAAACCUUUGUCUAAAUACACUACCAUUCAAAGAAAGAGAAUGCAUACUUUAGAGAAAUAUGCUCAGGAGCAUUUCAGAGAGAAUUAUGAGAUUAAUAGCACAAUUUCAAAGCAAUCUACUUUAACAACAGCAAAGAAAGCUGUUGCCGGCGAUUUAUGGGCUCACACACGAGAACCGCUUAGGAAGCCGCUUUUGAAAAAGUUAUUAGACGAUGAAAAUAUGUCUAAGCAUGCCAUUUUAUCUUUCUUCGCGAUUUUGAAAUAUAUGGGCGAUAUGCCAGCUCCUAAACCUAGAACCACAACUGAAUAUACUGAUGAAGUGUUCAGACAUGCUUUAGCUGAACCCGCGUUGAGGGACGAGGUGUAUUGUCAGAUAAUGAAACAACUUACUAACAACAGGAUACAACUUAGUGAAGAGAGAGGAUGGGAACUGUUGUGGUUAGCCACCGGAGUUUUCGCGUGCGGUCAAGUACUAAUAAAAGAAUUAGUUGAAUUCCUUAAAACAAGACUUCAUCCCAUUGCGAAAGAAUGCUUGAAGCGAGUAUUUAGAACGCAGAAAAACGGACCGAGAUUAUAUACUCCUUACGUGGUGGAAGUAGAAGCUAUCCAACAUAGAAGUAUGCAGAUUUACCACAAAGUAUACUUCCCAGACGAUACUGACGAAGCCUUUGAGGUCGAUUCGUCUACUAAAGCUAGAGAUCUUUGCGAACAAAUAACUGGAAGGUUGAAUCUGAAGAACAGUGACGGCUUUAGCUUGUUCGUUAAAAUAGCAGAUAAAGUAUUCUCUGUACCUGAGAAUUACUACUUCUUCGACUUUGUCCACGAGCUUGUAGAAUGGAUGAAGCAGACAAGACCUUUACGUGGAGCUGGGUCACAAAUGCAAAUGAACUAUCAGAUUUUUAUGAAAAAACUCUGGGUUAACACUGCCCCUGGCAAAGACAAACACGCAGAUCAGAUAUUCUACUUCCCUCAAGAGUUACCCAAGUACUUGAGAGGUUAUCAUAAAACAUCAAAACAAGAUCUCGUUGAGUUAGCAGCGCUUGUAUACCGAGCGAGAUUUGGAAAUGACCAGACAUUACUUCCACAAAUAACGCAAGUACUAGAAGACUUUAUACCAUCUGAUAUGAUUAGGAUUCAGUCGAACUCUCAAUGGAAAUCGUCAAUUACUGCUGCUUACUCACAACAUGGCGCCAUGACAGAAAACGAAGCAAAGGAGCAAUUCUUAAAGAAAAUUUACCAACUACCUACAUUUGGAACGGCGUUCUUUGAAGUGAAACAAACGUCUGAUCCUACAUAUCCUGAAAUGAUCAUUGUAGGAAUAAACAGAAAUGGUGUUAGCCUUAUACAUCCACAAAGCCGAGACGUAUUAGUCACGCACCCGUUUUCGCAAUUGUCCAACUGGUCGUCAGGAAACACGUUCUUCCACAUGACAAUGGGAAAUUUCUUACGUGGAACCAAGAUUCUGUGCGAAACUUCAUUGGGAUAUAAAAUGGACGACCUCAUUUCUUCCUAUAUAGCCUUACUACGUAAAUCGAUGAAACAAAAAUCUAGAAGAUAGUCAGAAAUGUUUAGGAGUAUUGUAUAUUAAUAAUAUUGACGAUAAAAUCUUG